AGAAGGGAUCAUUUGUGAGUGUGAAAGUGAAAGUUUUUUUUGUCUCUUUUUUUCUCCUUGUUUUGAGCGUUCUCAAUUGGCUCGUUGUACGCAUGCGCCCUGCAGCCUUUUCGAAACUGAGCGAGGGAAGGCGGAUGCGAGUCUCCGUUGAUCAUCAUGCCCAUCUACAUACCCUCAGAGGGGAAAAAUUCCCAGGUACCCACGCAUCUGACCAGGAUUUCCAUCCCUCAUGUCAGCAUCAGCACCGACUCCACAAAUAAAAUCAUCAAGGGAAAAGUUCUUUUUAAAGGACCACUCUCAAAAACUGCACCUGGCAGCUUCGUGCUUAAAACCGUCAUCCAAGAAGAUGCGGUCUCUGAGAACUCCUCCAUCAACACCUUCCUGUAUGGAGUGCUGGCCAAGGACUUCAGUCACAGUGUCAGUCUGGAGGAUGUGGUGGUGGUCUCUGGCUUCACUGUAGGAAAAUCUCCCACCGCCAAAUCAGACAAGCGUCACCCCUUUAACCUGCUUCUGACAUCAGACCAAGCAUGCAUCUAUGUGGCACACCAGCAGCCACCUCCAGACCCUGGACCUUCAUCUGCCAGCAACAGGAGUUCCUCCCUCACUGCUAAGCCUCCCAAGCACACAUAUGUAAAGCUGAGUGAUCUGAAGGCAGAGGAACUUGUUAACGUGUACGGCGUGGUGGUGUUCUUUAAACAGCCAUUUAAGUCCUAUGGCACAGAUUACUGCUCCAGCUUGAAGAUCACUGAUGAAUCCAACCAGAAGAUUGUCUGCACCAUCUUCUGCAGGGAGAUGGACGACCACCCUAAAAUCUUUCAGAAUGGAGACAUAAUCCGCUUGCACAGAGUCAAGGCUAAAUGGUUCAACGGCUCCAUGACUCUGAGCAGUAACGUUGGCUUCUCUGUUGUGACGUUUGAUGGAGCUGUGGGCGGAGCUGUGGAGCCUCGAUCAUCCAGAAAAUUCUUCUCUUUUGAUGAACAUGACCGCCGAAGAGUGGAGGAACUGCGAUCCUGGGCCGUCAGCCAGGAUGUCUGCUCUACAGUUUCUGCAGCAGUCCCUCUGUCUGGCGUUCAACCCAAAGUCUACUUCGAUCUGACAUGCCAGCUUCUGGCCAAAGCCCCCAUCGACACUACCUGCAUGCUGCUAAGGGUUUGGGAUGGAACCAAGUGUCCUUACACUCAAUCUGACGUCACCAUUGACCCAGACACCAUAGAAGGGCCUGCUUCCUUCUCUGGGACUAAAAAGAGCUUCAUCGCAAACAUUCUGGUCUUCGACAACCAUGUUGUUUGUGCCAAACAGUUGAAGAUCGGGGCUUUCCUGAGGAUCUACAACCUGCGAGCAGUCUGUGAGUCGGUUAAAGAGCCCGGCCUCCUCAGAAUGGAUACGGAUCACCUGGUUUUUCAACUCAACGGGGGAACGUCGUUCGGCAAAGGCAUCCGGGUCCUACCAGAAAGCAGCCCUGAUGUGCAGAAGCUAAAGAGAUCUUUUGAGUCUUUCUCAGAGGAUGAACCAAGUGACUCUGAGAUGUUGGAGAUCUGGAGCACUCCACCAGAGUUUUUGAAUGACGGUGCAGUGGAGACCCGCACAGAGAGAAGCUGCAGCCACCAGAUUCAGCCGAUGACUCUGUCCCAGCUGAAGCAGAGCCAGCCUGAAGGAGAGUACCACGUCAGGGCCCAGCUGAGAUCCUACCAGCCUCACAGGCUCCAUCAGUCCCUCAAACUCUUCUGCAGCAACUGUUCAUCCAUGCAGGAAAUCCCAAAUGAGGAAGUGCUGUCGGGAAUUUUCUCAGCAGCAUUCCAGGACUCCACGCCCUGCAGACAUCCACCAUGGAUUUUAUCUGGACAUGUGUCCCUGCCCGAAGAUGUAGCGCAGUCCCCAAAGAAAUCAAUGGAUGUCCUUGCGUCCAGUCGGCUACUGAAGAAGGAAAACCCCAAAGAGUUCAUAUUCCUCCAAGGAUUCUCUCUGGAGGAGACAUGCAUGCUAGCAGCCCACUACGAGAACAUUGUUCCUCUCACGUCGUCUGGAGGAGACUUGGACCUGCUCGACCUGUCGGCACCUUUCCUGUUCAGAGGCAAAAAGAGAUACUACGGGUGUAAGCGAUGCUCUGAGGCUUCUCUGAGGAACAUGAAAGCUGUGGGAGCGGUGGUCGAUGAAAAGUUUCUCGCAGAAGAUCUAGGCAUCCAGCUGCUGCAGUACGUCCUCCUGAUGAGGCUGAAGCUGCAGGACUCCACCGACACGCUGGACGUGUUCCUGUGGAAGGAUGCGGAGAAGUUCUUUGGUGUGUCAGCAGAGGACGUGUCUGCCACUGAGGAGGCUCAGGAGAGGGUCCAGAAGGUCAUGGACUUGCUCUGUCCACCAGAGGACAGCCAGGAUCAGCGCCCAUGGCUGGACCUGUGCCUGAUGGCGUACGCAGUAGAGGAUGAACCGGGUCAGAGUCAGACCUGCUACCAGAUCAUCAACACAACCAUCAUCACACCCUCCACCACUCAGUCAGGCCCGGACUAGAGCUGGAUACCCAGGUCCUGCUGAGUCGUUAUUCAUGAAGAUCAGAUGGUUCUGAUGUUUUUGAACCUGGUGGUUCUACUGACUCUGUGCAUGAACAGCCUGUGUAGAGCUUGUUGUUUCUGUGUGAGAAAUAAAGAAUGAGUGAAGCUGCA